AUGCACAGUGGGAACGGGACCUAUCAAUGGCUGGAGUGUGUAAAGACAGUGAUUCACAGACCAGAGCUCCUUAGAGAUCUAAGAACAUCUGUAGGAGAGAAACCUUAUGAGUGCUCAAACUGUGGGAAGAACUUCUCAGAGAAAUCAGAUCUUGUUCAACACCAAAGAAUUCACUCAGGAGAGAAACUAUUUAUUUGCUCAGAGACUGGAAUGGCAACCUCUAAGGGAGGAAAAGGUAAUAUACAUCUUCCAAAGCAGAGUAUAAUGAAGGCAUGCAAAGGCUUUCGGUUCAAAAAGUACUUCAGAAACAAAUCAAAGCUCCUUGUGCACCAAGGAACCCACAGAUGGGAGAAGCUUUUUGAAUGCACGGAGUGCGGGAAACGAUUCCGUCAGAAUGGCACUCUUCAAAAACAUCUAAGAACCCACACAGGGGAGAAGCCUUUUGAAUGCUCAGACUGUGGGAAGAGAUUUAGUCAGACUUGCACUCUUCAAGACCAUCUAAGAACCCACACAGGGGAGAAGCCUUUUGAAUGCUCAGAAUGUGGGAAGAGAUUCAGUGUGAAAGGCAAUCUUCAAAGACAUCUAAAAACCCACAGAGGGGAGAAGCCUUUUGAAUGCUCAGAGUGUGGGAAGACAUUCAGCCAGAAUGGCAAUCGUCAAAUACACCUAAGAACCCAUGCAGGGGAGAAGCCUUUUGAAUGUUCAGAGUGUGGAAAGAGAUUCAGUCAUAGUAGCCAUCUUCAAGUCCAUCGAAGAACCCACACAGGUGAGAAGCUUUUUGAAUGUUCAGAGUGUGGGAAGAGAUUUAGUCAGAAGGGCAAUCUUCAAAGUCAUCUAAGAACCCACACAGGGAAGAAGCCUUUUGGAUGCACAGAGUGUGGGAAGAGAUUCCGUCAGAAUGGCACUCUUCAAAAACAUCUAAGAACCCACACGGGGGAGAAGCCUUUUGAAUGCUCAGAGUGUGGGAAGAGAUUCUGUCAGAAUGGCACUCUUCAAAAACAUCUAAGAACCCACACAAGGAAGAAGCCUUUGAAUGCGCAGACUGUGGGAACAGAUUUAGUUAAACUUGCACUCUUCAAGACCAUCUAA